AUGACGUCAUUACCCGCACCCUCCAAGGAGAAACCUUUUUUACUAACCACAACCUCGUCCGAAGAUCUAGCUGAGCUGUCCCAACUAGGUCACUUCCUCAAGGGAUCCUCGGCUACCUUGGGCCUCACCAAGGUCAAGGAUGCCUGUGAGAAGAUCCAGAACUACGGCCAACAAAAGGACGAGUCUGGCACCCAUCCUGAACCGGAUAAAAGCAGGUCGCUAGCCAACAUCAAGAAGGCACUGGCCGAGGCGAAGAAUGAUUAUCACGAUGUCGUUAACGUUCUCAAGUCGUUUUAUGGCGAGGAGACAACCGCAUAA